AUGCCUCGGCUGACUGUCAUCUACCCCAAGAGUCAGGGGCUUACGGGGCCGGGAGGGAAGGUAGGCCUGGACUGUGGCAGUAAAUGGAUGGAGGAGGCGAAGGAGGAAAAGGAGGGAGAACCUGCAGAGAGGAGCCCAGAACACGGUUCAAACCAAGCACCAGCUGAAGGUCAAGCCCAGCACACCUGGUGGUCCCAGACCCUGAGGACCCUGAGGCCCUGGUACAGUUGGGCCCCGGUGGGUGCAGUGUUGUUGGUGUGCCAGCUGGAGGCGCUGCUGCAUCCCUCCGGGUCACUGUUGGACACCUGCUGGGCUCUGCUGCUGCUGUGUCUGCUGUGGGGCGUCCUGGGAGGCUGCAUCCAUGCCCUGAAGUGCCGCCUACAGCCAGGACAGGAGCAGGGGGAGAAUCCACAGAGGCCACAGCAGGAGGAGGAGGAGGAGGUUGUGACUGAAAACUGGAGGAACCAGUGUUCUCGUUUGCCCCCGACAAGAAGUCCAGGCCUCCACCUUCCCCUGACCCUCGCUCUGGCCGACAGCCUGCUGCUGUGCGUCCUCCAGGAGCCCCUGUCAAACCCCUCCGUGCCCCACAUCCAGGCUCUCCUCUCCAGACUGGAGUCGGUGUCUCACGCGCUAGAGAAGGCUGAUGUUGGAUCAGAGGUGACGCUGGAGGAGGUGGACGGAGGCUCCAUGCUGACAGACAAGCUGAAGCUCAUGUGCCGCUAUCUGCGGCAGAGGACCGGGUCCCUGCGAGCUCUGGUCCAGGUGCAGGAGGAUUUCGAGGCCAGCGUGAAGGACUUGCUGCAGGGCCUGGAUGGCCUCUGGGCCCAGCUGGAGGAGCUGCAUGCUGGAGUCACGCUGAGCAAACGGGGAAGUCGAGACCAGGUGGACGUGGCCUCGGCACAAACAGACGCAGAGACUCUAUUUGCAGUCCUGACUCACCACAGGAACAGACUUGAGUCCUGCCAGGCUCAUCUGAACAACAGCACACAACGACUGCAGGAGUUAACGUGGAGCCACACACACACCAGCAACAGCCUGAAGUGCAGCAGCGAGUCCGUCUGGCCGGAGCUUCUGCUUCAGUCCAACAUUGAGCAGUUUGACAAAGUGCAGGAGAGCUUCAUCUCUCUGGAGCAGCAGACCUCCACCUUCCAGGCCCACCUGGAGGGACUUGGAAAAGGAAAUCAGGAGGGACACGCGGGGCCCCUCGCUCAUGCUAACGGAGCCCGAGAGUCUCCGCAGACUUCCAGACAUGUGCAGAGUGGAUGCACAAGUGAAGUGUCACAGGAACGGAGUAACUCGACCUCUGCAUCCUCGUCUGUCUGCUCUGCGGACGCAGAAACAGAGACGGACGGUCCACAUUCGCUGUGUGAGAGAUCAGCGCUGCACUUCACCUCCACUAUCGGACUCCUGCGUAGAUCUGGAAGGAGGAAGUGAUUCUUAUCUCACAUCUGCUUUGUGCUGGUGUCUAGUAAAUACUGUAGUCGAUCGUUAAUCUGUGAAGGUGUUCUCAAAUGUUGAUCAUUUGCUGGAAAAACUGAAGUAUUUAUUACUCAUGUAAUUAUUAUAUUAGUUGACUUAAUUGCUGCACUGCUGCUCAGUUUGCUGUUAAACUGAAUUUUGAAAUGAACAUCAGUCUUUCGUCAUUCUUUUCAAAAGAAUACGUCAAAGUCUCUCUUUAAUCAUUGAUUAAACCCCUAAAAAGUCA